UUUAACAAGUCAUUUACUAGCGUGUUUUUUGCCGCGUUAAUUAGUUAUUUCAGCUUUAGAUCCGUACAGAUUUAGUAUUUAAGCAAAGGCGGCAUGCUGUUGGGCGAAUUGGACACAACGCGGCGACUAUUGUUUAUCGUGGCUGUUUUGGUUUUAAUUUUAUAUGCAAAAACGUACCUGCUACCCGGCGUCGACCUGGAUUACGAUUAGU